AUGAGCUCAGUAGCAUUGGCGCCGUCACAAUUCCGCCGGUCAUGCAGCCUGCUUGCCGGUCUGUUGCUUAUGUUAGGAGUGGGUUCAACAUACGCGUUGUCUGCAUGGAACGCACAACUUAAGACAAUGUUGCACUUUACACAGGCAGGAAUCUCAAUGGUCUCUUCGAUGACAAUGUUAGGAACGUACAUGUCAUAUAUUCCAGGCAUGAUAUUCGAUCGAUUAGGGCCAUAUACAAGUGUAUUGCUGAGUGGCACUGCUAUGUUGGUCGUUCAUCUCGUCAUGUUUACGGUGCUACAGUUUGCUCCAAAUAGUGUAAACCCAUUGGGCAUUGGCAGUGCGAUGAUGUUGUUUGGGUUGCUCAGCUCCUUCUACGUCUUCGCGUCCAUCGUGCCAAAUGAGUCCCUAUUUGGAGAUGCCAAUCGUGGCAAAGUGAUGGCAGCUCUCACGUCGGCGUACAGCUGCGGUGGUGCCUUCUUUGCCUUUGUCUUUCACGAAGGCUUCCACAGCCGUGACGUACCUGGCUACUUCCUCUUUGUAGGAAACUACCUGCUAGCCGCCUGCGUUUUUGGGUGGUGCGUAUUCGCUCGUCCAGUACGUGGAGGCGAAAGCAUGGACAAGCAAAGAAGAUCAGGGAGUAUUGAAUUCAGUCUUGGCAAAAUUAGCAUGGAAUCCGAUGGACAAGUGAAUGGUGCUGCUGAUAGUGAGAUGCCCGACGAGAUUACAGGUGUGGCCUUGCUGACAGAUGAGCGGUUCUGGAUGCUCUUUAUUCCAGUGAUGAUCGUCAUUGGUGCGGGCCUGCUGGUUAUGUCCAAUGUGUCAUUUAUCGUGGAGUCACUGAGUGGACCAACAGAGCAGGUUCCUUUCAUGGUAGCACUCUUCUCUAUCGUUAACACGCUUGGUCGUCUCAUAACGGGAGCUGUCUCGGAUCACUUUGUGACGCGAUAUCCUCGCGCGUGCUUUGCUGUAAUCUCAGCAUUGUGUACGGCCAUCACGCAGGUGGCCUUCUUGUCUGUCCCACCCAGUUGGCUUGUGUUGCCUGUUGGUUUGGCUGGGUUUUCGGAAGGAGUUAUGUUCGGCUCAUUUCCCGUAAUUAUCCGCGAAGAGUUUGGCUUGCAGAACUUUGGCAAGAACUUUGGUCUCAUAAGUCUUGCUAACUGCAUUGGGUACCCUCUCUUCUUUAGCCCGUUGGCGUCGUACGUGUAUCAGCACUCAGCAACAACGCACACCACUGACAGCAUCGAGAAAUGCUUUGGUGCCCAGUGUUUCGGGCUCGUGUUUAUCGUGGUCAUUGUGCUCUCGUUUGUGGCGCUACUUUGCUCCUUACAGUUGGGGCGGCUACAGCGACGCCACCACAUCGACAGAUAUCAGCCGAUUCGGCCAUAA